UCAGCUGCGCCGGGCGGGGGCGGCGCCGGGACCGCGCCUGUAGGACCUCGGGGCCGGCGCGGCGAGAUGGGGCCCCGGCGCGGGGAGUGAGGCGGGCGCGACGGCGAGCGGAACUUCAGCCGGAGGGGCUCUCCUGCUUCCCCCUCUGGCUCUUCGGCCUCCACCUGCAGCCCCUCGGCCCCCGCGUCCCGCGGGACCGGGACGGCGACGGCGGGGGCAUGUGGCGCUGGGUCCGGCAGCAGCUGGGUUUUGACCCACCACAUCAAAGUGACACAAGAACUAUUUACAUAGCCAACAGGUUUCCUCAGUAUGGCCUUUACACACCUCAGAAAUUUAUAGAUAACCGGAUCAUUUCAUCUAAGUAUACUGUGUGGAAUUUUGUUCCAAAAAAUUUAUUUGAACAAUUCAGAAGAGUGGCAAACUUUUAUUUUCUUAUUAUAUUUUUGGUUCAGCUUAUGAUUGAUACACCUACCAGUCCAAUUACCAGUGGACUUCCGUUAUUCUUUGUGAUAACAGUAACUGCCAUAAAGCAGGGAUAUGAAGAUUGGUUAAGACAUAACUCAGAUAAUGAAGUAAAUGGAGCUCCUGUUUAUGUUGUUCGAAGUGGUGGCCUUGUAAAAACUAGAUCAAAAAACAUUCGGGUGGGUGAUAUUGUUCGAGUAGCCAAAGAUGAAAUUUUCCCUGCAGAUUUGGUGCUUCUGUCCUCAGAUCGACUUGAUGGUUCUUGUCACGUUACAACUGCUAGCUUGGAUGGAGAAACUAACCUGAAGACCCAUGUGGCAGUUCCAGAAACAGCAGUAUUACAAACAGUUGCCAAUUUGGACACUCUUAUAGCUGUGAUAGAAUGUCAGCAACCAGAAGCAGACUUGUACAGAUUCAUGGGACGAAUGAUAAUAACUCAACAAAUGGAAGAAAUUGUAAGACCUCUGGGGCCAGAGAGUCUCUUGCUUCGUGGAGCCAGAUUAAAAAACACAAAAGAAAUUUUUGGUGUUGCUGUGUAUACUGGAAUGGAAACUAAGAUGGCAUUAAAUUACAAGAGCAAAUCACAGAAACGAUCUGCAGUAGAAAAGUCAAUGAAUACAUUUUUGAUAAUUUAUCUAAUAAUCCUUAUUUCUGAAGCCAUCAUCAGUACUAUCUUGAAAUAUACAUGGCAAGCUGAAGAAAAAUGGGAUGAACCUUGGUAUAACCAAAAAACAGAACAUCAAAGAAAUAGUAGUAAGAUUCUGAAAUUUAUUUCAGACUUCCUUGCUUUUUUGGUACUCUACAAUUUCAUCAUUCCAAUUUCAUUGUAUGUGACAGUCGAAAUGCAGAAAUUUCUUGGAUCAUUUUUUAUUGGCUGGGAUCUUGAUCUCUAUCAUGAAGAAUCAGAUCAGAAAGCUCAGGUCAAUACUUCUGAUCUGAAUGAAGAACUUGGACAGGUGGAGUAUGUGUUUACAGACAAAACUGGUACACUGACCGAAAACGAGAUGCAGUUUCGGGAAUGUUCAAUUAAUGGUAUAAAAUACCAAGAAAUCAAUGGUAGACUUGUAUCUGAAGGACCAACACCAGACUCUUCAGAAGGAAACUUAUCUUAUCUUAGUAGUUUAUCCCAUCUUAACAACUUAUCCCAUCUUGCAACCAGUUCCUCUUUGAGAACUAGUCCUGAAAAUGAAACUGAACUAAUUAAAGAACAUGAUCUCUUCUUUAAAGCAGUCAGUCUCUGUCACACUGUGCAGAUUAGCAGUGUUCAGACUGAUGGCAUUGGUGAUGGUCCCUGGCAAACCAACCUUGCACCCUCCCAGUUGGAGUACUAUGCAUCUUCACCAGAUGAAAAGGCUCUCGUGGAAGCUGCUGCAAGAUUCGGCAUUGUAUUUAUUGGCAAUUCUGGAGAAACUAUGGAAGUUAAAACACUUGGAAAACUGGAACGGUACAAACUGCUUCAUGUUCUGGAAUUUGAUUCAGAUCGUAGAAGAAUGAGUGUAAUUGUUCAGGCACCUUCAGGUGAGAAACUUUUAUUUGUUAAAGGAGCCGAAUCAUCAAUUCUCCCGGAAUGUAUAGGUGGAGAAAUAGAAAAAACCAGAAUUCAUGUAGAUGAAUUUGCUUUGAAAGGGCUAAGAACUCUGUGUAUGGCCUACAGAGAGUUUACACCUAAAGAGUAUGAGGAAAUAGAUAGACGUUUAUUUGAAGCCAGGACUGCCUUGCAGCAACGGGAAGAGAAAUUGGCAGAUGUCUUCCAGUUCAUAGAGAAAGACCUGAUAUUACUGGGAGCUACAGCAGUAGAAGACAAACUACAAGAUAAAGUUCGAGAAACUAUUGAAGCAUUGAGAAUGGCUGGUAUCAAAGUAUGGGUACUUACUGGAGAUAAACAUGAAACAGCUGUUAGUGUGAGUUUGUCAUGUGGACAUUUUCACAGAACCAUGAACAUCCUUGAACUUAUAAACCAGACGUCAGACAGUGAAUGUGCUGAAAAGUUGAGGCAGCUUGCCAGAAGAAUUACAGAGGACCAUGUGAUUCAGCAUGGUCUAGUGGUGGAUGGGACCAGUCUGUCUCUUGCACUCAGGGAGCAUGAAAAACUAUUUAUGGAAGUUUGUAAAAAUUGUUCAGCUGUAAUGUGCUGUCGUAUGGCACCACUGCAGAAAGCAAAGGUAAUAAGACUGAUAAAAAUCUCACCUGAGAAGCCUAUAACAUUGGCUGUUGGCGAUGGUGCUAAUGAUGUAAGCAUGAUACAAGAAGCACAUGUUGGCAUAGGAAUCAUGGGUAAAGAAGGAAGACAAGCUGCAAGGAACAGUGACUAUGCAAUAGCUAGAUUUAAAUUUCUCUCCAAAUUGCUUUUUGUUCAUGGUCAUUUUUAUUAUAUUAGAAUAGCUACCCUUGUACAGUAUUUUUUUUAUAAGAAUGUGUGCUUUAUCACACCCCAGUUUUUAUAUCAGUUCUACUGUUUGUUCUCUCAACAAACAUUGUAUGACAGCGUGUACCUGACUUUAUACAAUAUUUGUUUUACAUCCCUGCCUAUUCUGAUAUAUAGUCUAUUGGAACAGCAUAUAGACCCUCAUGUGUUACAGAACAAGCCCACUCUCUAUCGAGACAUUAGUAAAAACCGUCAGCUAAGCAUGAAAACAUUUCUUUAUUGGACCAUCUUGGGUUUCAGUCAUGCCUUUAUUUUCUUUUUUGGAUCCUAUUUUCUAAUAGGGAAAGAUACAUCUCUGCUUGGAAAUGGCCAGAUGUUUGGAAAUUGGACAUUUGGUACCUUGGUCUUCACAGUCAUGGUUAUUACAGUCACAGUAAAGAUGGCUUUGGAAACUCAUUUUUGGACCUGGAUCAAUCAUCUUGUUACCUGGGGAUCUAUUUUAUUCUAUUUUGUAUUUUCUUUGUUUUAUGGAGGGAUUCUCUGGCCAUUUUUGAGCUCCCAGAAUAUGUACUUUGUAUUUAUUCAGCUCCUGUCAAGUGGUUCUGCUUGGUUUGCCAUAAUUCUCAUGGUUGUUUCAUGCCUGUUUCUUGAUAUUGUGAAGAAAGUAUUUGACCGACAGUUUCAUCCUACAAAUAUUGAAAAGGCACAGAUGUACUCCAACACAGUCGCUUUCAGUGACGAGUUCAUCGCACUGCAGCCAUUGUCGAGGGCAAGGAAUCAGCUGAGCAAACUUAGCUUACUGAAACAAAUUCAAGUAUCAAGUGCUUGGACUCCAUGUGCUGUUUCUCAGAAGGAGAAACAGCGUGCGCAUCUGUUGGAAGAAUGCUGGAACGAGUAAUAGGAAGAUGUAGUCCGUCCCAUGUCAGCAGAUCAUGGAGUGCAUCGGAUCCUUUCUAUACCAACGACAGGAGCAUCUUGACUCUCUCCACAAUGGACUCGUCUACUUGUUAAAGGGGCAGUAGUACUUUGUGGGAGCCAUUUCAACUCCUUUCCUAAAAUUCCGUGUGAUCAUCCUGGUAAUGGCCACACUACCUCUGCGGAAUUACUUUCUGAAAUCUCUGGAGUAGUUCAUGCCCACUCAGAGUCAUAAUGGCAAACAAACAAAAAGCAUUACCAUGCACCCCUGUCAGCCGCCCUC